UCGACGCUUGGAGCGGCAGUGUCGCUGCGUCCCGCGCUCCGACCGGUACGCCAUGCCGCGCUGACGCCUCGCCGACCACAACCACUAUAACUAAGUGUCAGAAACUCCGUGACAGCUGUCAAGUGAACCAUAAUGUGGCUCGUGUGGACUUGCCUCUUCGCCAGCUACCUGCUGGCGACAAGUGCGCAGAAUGCAGAUGGCACAACUGAUUUUACGCCUGUUGUUAACGCGACCUGUAAAUCGAAUGUUAUGUCCAUCAGAGUGACUUUCAAUCAACCAUUUAAUGGCAUCAUACACGCAAGAGAAUUCAGAACUCCAUCAUGCAUGAUCCAGGGCAACGGUACCGAGACUCUCAACUUCGAUAUCAACUUAAUGGCGACACAAGGGUCUCCGGAUUAUUGUGGUGUAUUUUGGAACAAUCGUACAGAUGAACGAUCCCUCCCUCUCGCAGUCCGCGUGCAUCGGACUCUGGAGUUGGCUGAUGACAAGUUCUAUGUCAUUACGUGCGGUAAAGCGGGAUUCAGAAAUUCGAGAAACGAAACAUCCCUCGUGUCUUUAAGAAUGUUAAACCCACAGGGGGUAAAAGUUUUGAACGCUGCUUUUGGACUUCCAUACACGCUUCGCGCUGAACUAAGCAAAUCAGACGGUACUCACGGAAUCAGAUUAAAAAAAUGUUUUGCAUUCAAUAUGCGUAACAAUACUGUAGAGCUUUUGGACAAUAGAGGAUGUCCGCUGAAACACGACACAAUCGUUACGAAGUCUGAAAACGGCGUAGCGGAGCUCGUCAUAGCGUCGAUGUUCCGAUUUCCUGACUCGUCACAGGUUAACUUUCAGUGUGAUAUCGCUGUCUGUUCAGGAAGUUGCAAUACAAUAGACUGCACGUCAGACAACCGUUCAGAUCCGGGAGAUGAAGAAGGCACUGUGACAGCCUCCACUGGUGUAUUCGUUUUGGAUCCUAAUGAUAACGCUGUGGUAAUGUGCUCGGAGACAGGCGUGCGGCCAUUGUGGCUGCUUUACUUGGCCAUCGCUCUCGGCGUCAUGUUUCUUGUGAUGCUGCUUAUCAACUGCUUCCUCUGUACCGCCAUGACUUGUUCGUGUGCGAGAACUGACGUGAUCGAGAAAGACCCGUCGGUGGUGGAGGACUACGACCCGUACCGCAGCUGGCACGGCAGCCAGUACGGCGGCAGGUAUCCGUCAUCAACUAUACAUUCGGCGAGAUCCGUAUCAGACAACAGCGAUCACUACGCGAUAGUGCAAUCAAGGCCUGGCAGUCGUCACUCAGGUAUGCAUCGAAACAGGCAUUAAGCAACAGGUAACAGUUAUGGUACUUUGAAUGUGGGACACUACAAUAUAUGAAAUUAAUUAUAAUCACAAAUGAAGAAAUAAUAAUGAAUAUUUGAUGCCUGAUAAAAUUACGUUAGUUUAUGUAAAUAAGACGGUAGAUACUUUUUGACAUCACAGAAUUUGUACAUCUAAUAUUGAAUAAUAAAUAACCUUUAUAUGAACACAAAUGACAACCGAAUGGUGCUCUAAAGUAAUUAAAUGUAUUACAUUAUAAUAUAUUAAUAGGUGCAAGCACCGGAACAUAAAUGCAUAUUAUAAUGAAUUUAAGAAGUGCCAUUAUGAUUCAACGUACCUUAGUGGCUUCAACGCCAUUUUAGAUAAUAUUUGUAUACAAAUACCUGACUAUUGCAACGAAACCGUCCAAUUUCUAGUAUUCGUAUAUAUUAAAUUUAGAUAUAAGUACUUAAUAGUUCAAUCUUAUAUAUUACCUACUGAUAAAGGGCCUGUAUAAAUACUAAAUAGAUCUACCAACGAAGGGGUUAAAAUAUAAGAUAAGACAUAUGAAUAGUAUUUUGUGUCGUUAGUUAAAUUAUAUAUAUAUUUUUUUUUAUUAAAACAAAAAUUUAACACCAAUACGUAUAUAAGCAAUACAUAUACUUACUAUGUAAUUAUAAAUAUGUAGAUAUAUAUAGAAAAAUUAAAGUUAGAAGUGAAAAAAAACCCUAAUCUCCAAAAAGUUUAUAUGUCCAGCUAUUUAAUAGAUGUAAACGGUUUACAAGCAAGUAGUAAUCUAUACUACGUAAACUGUAAUCCGCUGGUGUAUAUAAUAUGAAAAACAAUGAUUCGAUGAUUGUAAUUUCAUCACAGGACAUAUUUAUAAUUACAGAAAGAAAUAUAUAAUGUUUAUAAUUAUAUAAAAAGUAACUUUAAAAAGAAAACAAGAUAUUAAAUAUUAAAAUUACGUAAGUAAAACAGCACUUUUGAUAGACGAGAAUCGUUAGCCUUACGAGCAUAUUUAUAAAUGUAAGGCAUAUUAUGUAUUAUGUAAUUGCCAAGUGUGCAUGUAUUCGCUUACUUGCAAUGUGUUUCACAUUAUGUGAGAAAUAAUAAUAAAACAAUUAAAUAUUUACCUACGUGCGAUAUAAUUCAGAUAAAACUACCAUAAAUUAUAAAAAUGCUAAGACGGCUGGUUAAUAUCUGCUUGUUAGUGAUCAGUUCAGAAUUUAUCCAUAUUGCGUUUAUAAAAUUCAUAUAAGACAUAUCAGUGGUCGAUUUACAUGUAAUUAAUUACAUAGGAUAAAAUCGUCAUUUUUACUGAUGAACCUGAACAUUUUUUUCCAAAGAAAACUUGAAAAUAUUAAUUUGAAAGUAUUUUAGUUAAAAAGCUUUAAUUCAUUCACUUCUUACCCCAUAUUUUUUUUAUAAAAAAUGUUCAUUAGUGACUUAAAAGAAUGUUAAUAAUAUCAAUCUCACUGUCUAUAUAAACAUAUUAGUACGAGUACAAUUUUAGUUAAUGCCAAUGCUAUCCAAGUAGAUGUACCAAAAUUAUUUCUUUCAAAUUUCAUUGAUUUAUAUUUUGAUAUUUGACUAUGCUGGAUAAAAUAUUUCACAUUUCUUCAAUUCCGGUAGGUACAGGCCAUAAAUCUAAAUUGAGAAACACAGUAAAAAUAUACUAACUUGAUAUUAUAUUUCACGAUUUCUGAACUGACCAUGACAUGCUUAUUAACUAUGUAUUUGUUGCAAAAGUUCCUUUGAUCAUUUUAAUUAAGUAUAAUAAAUAUAUCCAAUUGUGAUACAACUGUCUAUACAUAUUUUUAUCGUAGAAUAUUUUAUACAUCUCUUUAAUUAACUGGUUUUGAUCACAUGGAACUUUUGACGACUACCUAUUUUUAAUAAGUAUAAAAUACUUAUACCACAUCAUAACUGUGAAAUAAUUUAAGUACCUUACAUAUUAAGUAGAUUUUAACGUAACAGGUUUUUUAGCUUAAUCGCUAAUAUUAUAUUUUAGGUUCUGUGAAUUUAACUAGACAGUUUAUGUGUGUGUAAUAUUAAAAUAUUAAAUUAUGUAUUAAAGUCAUCAGUUAAAACAUGUGUCCACAGCAAACUUAUAUAAUAUAAAAUUGAUAUGAAAUUUUGAUAUUUAUUGAAACGAAGUAUACCUAAAUACAGAAUAAUAAAUGAGCCUACAUGUUUUAUAGACAUUUAUAUUAAAUACGUCCAAUAGCAACGUGUGACUGAUAUCAAUAAACUAUUUAACACA